AUGAUCGUGUGUCAACUCGGUCGGAGGCCUACCAAGAAUAUUAAUGUAGGUCAGUUACGAAUAUAAACAAGGUACUUCACUGCCAUCAUACCUGACUACUAAAUAAUGUGCACAGCUUUCUCUGCUAAUGACAAUCAUAUGAAGUGAUAUUGAUAGCGAUAUCGUUUACUGGAAAACAGACUUACCGCUGACUUUUGUCGAGUUUGGAAACAUUUGGUGACAGUUCGAUGGCGAAUGGCGACUGCAAUCUUUACAGCGGCAAUAUGAAGAGAAGAAGAGUGAGUGAUGACUGUGCAAUGACUACAGAAACUGGGAUUGUUAGGAGAGGCUCACAUUUCCUCACAUUACACAGUAGCACAGCAGUAUAUCAGACAGAGGAAUUCAAACCAAAAGGAUCCACACUCUACAUACCAUUGUCAGAAGAUGUGAUGAUCAACACAAGCAAAAUUGAUGAAAUAACAUUUUCUACUGGGAAUUUUUUCAUUGGCAACGAACAAGGUGCUUUUUUAAGGACAGAGCAAGGUUGCGCUAUCAAUAUGUGGAAGUUUGACAAAGUGUCGCGAAAACUUUUCGUAUCAAGAUCAUUUCUUUUCACAAGUGAACAGGUCUAUGCUGAAGUAAUAAGAUCUUUACAAGAAAUGUGAUGUGGAUUCCCGGUGUAAAAGAUGGCCGUCUUGGUGCAAUGAUAAGAUUUCAAAUGUUUGACUGUUUCUUCAUUUCAAACCAUUAAUUUGGCAAUACUCAUUCACAAAGAAUGUAUGCUUUUUUACUUUAUUCCAGUAAAAAAAGUACUAGUAUUCAAUUAUCACAAUGAUAAUUUUUUGUAAUGCUCAAUUCACAAUUCUGCCAACUUAAUAUUCCAAUCUCUGAAAUAAGUAUUAUCAUAUCAUUUUGUACUUUACUGCUCUCACUUUGAAUAAAAACCAUUAUUUUGC